UCGACCGCAGCAAGAGGUUCGAUCUGCCGACCACAACUGCAGUAUCAUGGCGAGCCCCAAGGCCGAGGCGAAGAAGAACGAAGGCAACGAGUACUUCAAGCGCAAGGAGUACGCGCCCGCGAUCGAAAAGUACUCGGAAGCCAUUGCGCUCGACAGCUCCAACCAUGUCUACUUCUCGAACCGGAGUGCUGCCUACGCUGGCCUUGGCAAGUUCGCCGAGGCCGCCCAAGACGGCGAAGCGUGCGUGCGCCUCAACCCGACGUUCGUCAAGGGCUACCACCGCUACGCGCUCGGGCUCAAGGGCUUGAAGGACUACGCCAAGGCCCUUGAGAUCCUCAAGGCUGGCCAGCGCGUCGACUUUGACAACAAGGAUCUCAACAAGCUCAUCAACGAGGUCGAGCCGCUUCUCGCCAAGGUGCAGGCGGCCAAGCGCGCCGGCAUGAACCCGUCCGAGCAGCUCAAGGAGCAAGGCAACGACUUGUUCAAGAGCGCGCAGUUUGAAAAGGCCAUUGGCAUUUACACGGAAGCCAUCGAGGCCUGCGAGAAGGACUCGUCGCCCGUCGCGAUCUCGUGCUACAACAACCGCGCUGCGUGCCACCAGCAGCUCAGCAACUUCUCCGCCGUCAUCCGCGACUGCUCCCACGUCCUCGAAGUUGAGCCGACGAACCAAAAGGCGCUGCUGCGCCGUGGCCUUGCGUACGAAGGCCUCGAGCGCUACCGCCUCGCGCUCCAGGACAUCCGUGCGCUCCUCGCUCUGGACCCGUCCAUCGACAUUGCCAACAAGGCCCAGCACCGGAUUGGGGCAGCCGUGCGUGCGCUCAAGGACAUGUAGAGUCAUCACCCUUUGCUAAAAUAAACGAGCGAACAGUCACUG